ACUCUUUCUUGAAGCCCCAAUGGAGCAGGAUGUGGAAAGUCCGGCAGUCAUCACCCGAAAGCCCAAGCUACCCAAGCAGGCUCGCGAGGACCUGCCCAAGCAGCUGGUAGACCAGGUGCGGGCAAAGAGGAAGAUCCAGAGGUAUGUCCGUAAGGACGGCAAAUGUAAUGUCCACCAUGGCAACGUCCAGGAGACCUAUCGCUACCUGACGGACAUCUUCACCACACUGGUGGACCUCAAGUGGAGGUUCAACCUCUUCAUCUUUGUCUUGGUGUACACAGUGACAUGGCUCUUAUUUGGCUUCGCAUGGUGGCUCAUCGCCUAUGUCCGUGGCGACCUGGAACACAUAGGGGACAACCAGUGGACUCCCUGUGUCAAUAAUCUCAACGGUUUUGUCUCAGCUUUUCUCUUCUCCAUAGAGACAGAGACAACCAUAGGGUACGGCUAUAGGGUUAUAACAGACCAAUGCCCAGAGGGGAUCCUUCUGCUGUUGAUUCAGUCAGUGCUGGGGUCCAUAGUUAAUGCCUUCAUGGUGGGCUGCAUGUUUGUCAAGAUCUCACAACCGAAGAAGCGGGCAGAAACAUUAGUGUUCUCCACCAGCGCUGUCAUCUCCGUAAGGGAUGGCCGGCUGUGUCUGAUGUUCAGGGUAGGGGACCUUCGGAACUCGCACAUCGUGGAGGCCUCAAUCAGGGCCAAGCUGAUCAAGUCCAAGCAGACCAAGGAAGGGGAGUUCAUACCCCUCAACCAGACAGACAUGAAUGUGGGUUAUGACACGGGGGAUGACAGGCUCUUCCUGGUGUCCCCGCUCAUCAUCUGCCAUGAAAUCAAUCAGAACAGCCCCUUCUGGGAGAUCUCCCAGGCCGACCUUGACAAAGAGGACCUGGAGAUUGUGGUCAUUCUGGAGGGCAUGGUGGAGGCUACAGGGAUGACGUGCCAGGCCAGGAGCUCGUACGUGACUAGCGAGAUCAAGUGGGGCUACCGCUUCAUGCCCGUGCUCACACUGGAGGAUGGCUUCUACGAGGUGGACUACAACAGCUUCCACGACAUCCAUGAGACCAACACACCCAGCUGCAGUGCCAGAGAGCUGACCGAGAUGAAUUGCCGCGCCCGCCUGCCCCUUACCUGGUCCGUGGCCAGCAAGCUCAGCCAGCAGGGGGUGCUGGAACCUGAAGGCCGCGAGAAGAAGAGUACUACUACCCUGGUAACCCAGGAGGAGGGGCUGGAGGAACAGACAGAGAGGAAUGGUGACAUUGCUAACAUAGAGAGCGAGUCCAAAGUGUAAAGGGGAGCGAGAGAACCUAGGGCCAGGGGGGCUGUGUGAACCGUACUGUGGCAUCUCUUCUCAUGACUGGCUGACCAGGUGAGCUGGUCCCAGGUUAGAGGUCAGGGCUAGGGCAGAAAAGGGGACGGUCUAGCCCGAGGAGCCCUGCAACAAGGACAGCUUAGGCCCUCAUCGGGUCAUUUACCCUCCAAAGAUAGCUGGUAAACGACAAUGGCUGGACUGGAAAUCUCUGCGGGCAAUUGCAUGUUUUGAAAACUUUUGAGUUCUUCUUCAAAAUACAAAUUCCUAUUAUUAUUAUACAUUUUUUAUUCAAAUAUUAAAAGCUAUAUAAAAGUAUAUAUUCUAGGGCAUUUGCAUUUGUAUUUUUUGUAUGUACUAUUUGUUUUGUUGCUGAAGUGUGAAUAUUUGACAGGAAGAUGUUUGAUACUGAUUAAUUUAGACCAGGUCUGUACAUAUUCUAUGCCUUAUGUACGAAGCUUUCUUUACAUUAGGGGUUUUCAGAAAUAUAUAAGCAUGUACAAAAAUUGUAGUUAAUUUAUUCUAUAUUGUGUACAUAAGAGAAUGUUGAUUGUAAUAGGCAAGACAAAAUAACUCUUAACAAUUCUGUAUGCAAGCCCUAUAGACUAUUAGACCAAUGGCAUCCUCACAUCCUUGCCCACUUGGCAGAGAUGCGUUAGACCCUGACUGUGCAUGUCCACUAAACAUACCACCAAGAGGUAGUGGGAACUGUCGCCCAUGACCCUCGAGUAUCAUCAGUCCAAGUCUCCCCUCCUUGAAGACCUUUUUGUGCUCAUAGGAUAGGCUUGAUGCAAUACCCUUUAAGUUGGGAAUGGAAGCUUGAAGGGAGAAUGAACUGAAGGGAGUUGAACUAAAUUGCACUUCGGAACCGAGUUGAUGUCUGUGUGACUGUUUUCUCUCCAUUUGUUUUGGCCGUAUUUCUGUUUUGGUCAUAUAACUAAACAUUAAAAUCAACAUAUGCCCAAA